CGACACCUGUACCCACAGCCAAUCAGCACUAGAGCUGCCAGGAACCUACCUGUCAGCAAAAUCCCUACCUCAAACCUCAACAUAAAUCAAACACUUCCCUGGGCAGGGAAUGUCUGUGUCAGGCAAGAAUUAGAGACGAGCAGGUCAGCAGAGCCUCUGUAGGGAUCUUUGGAACUUGGAAGCAGGAAGAUGUCGAAUGAACUUGAUUUUAGGUCUGUGCGGCUACUGAAGAAUGACCCAGUCAACUUCCAGAAGUUUCCUUACACUAAUGAGGAUGAGGCCUGGAAGACCUACCUGGAAAAUCCCUUGACAGCUGCCACAAAGGCAAUGAUGAGAGUCAAUGGGGAUGAUGACAGUGUUGCAGCCCUGAGCUUCCUCUAUGAUUACUACAUGGGCCCCAAGGAGAAGCGGAUACUAUCCUCCAGCACUGGGGGCCGGAAUGACCAAGGAAAGAGGUACUACCAUGGCAUGGAAUAUGAAAUGGACCUUUCCCCCCUUGAAAGCCCCACACACCUUAUGAAAUUCCUGACAGAGAAUGUGUCUGGGACUCCAGAGUACCCAGAUGUGCUCAAGAAGAAUAACUUGAUGAGCUUGGAGACGACCAUGCCUACUCAGGGCAAGGCAGCCCCCUUACCCCCAGGCCCUAGCAAACUGGAAUCUGGCUCUGUGGACAGCUACUUGUUGCCCACCAGUGAUGUGUAUGAUAAUGGCUCUCUCAACUCUUUGUUUGAGAGCAUUCAUGGGGUGCAGCCCACACAACGUUGGCAGCCUGACAGCACCUUCAAAGAUGACCCACAGGAGUCGCUGCUUUUCCCAGAUAUCCUGAAAGCAUCUCCAGAACCACCAUGUCCAGAGGACUAUCCCAACCCCAAGAGCGACUUUGAGUACACCUUGGGCUCCCCCAAAGCCAUCCACAUCAAGUCUGGUGAAUCACCCAUGGCCUACCUCAACAAGGGCCAGUUCUACCCUGUUACCCUGAGGACUCCAGCAGGAGGCAAAGGCCUUUCCUUAUCCUCAAACAAAGUCAAGAGUGUGGUGAUGGUUGUCUUUGACAACGAGAAGGUCCCAGUAGAGCAGCUACGGUUCUGGAAGCAUUGGCAUUCCCGGCAACCUACUGCCAAGCAGCGGGUCAUCGAUGUGGCUGACUGCAAAGAAAACUUCAACACUGUGCAGCACAUUGAGGAGGUGGCCUACAAUGCUCUGUCUUUCAUGUGGAAUGUCACUGAGGAGGCCAAGGUGUUCAUCGGUGUCAACUGCCUCAGCACAGACUUCUCCUCCCAGAAGGGGGUGAAGGGAGUCCCCUUGAACCUACAGAUUGAUACUUAUGACUGUGGUUCCGGUACUGAACGCCUGGUGCACCGUGCUGUCUGCCAGAUCAAGAUAUUCUGUGACAAGGGAGCUGAGAGGAAGAUGCGGGAUGAUGAGCGGAAGCAAUUCCGGAGGAAGGUCAAAUGUCCCGACUCCAGCAACAGUGGCAUCAAGGGCUGCCUGUUGUCUGGCUUUCGGGGCAAUGAGACCACCUACCUGCGACCUGAAGCAGACCUGGAGACCCCACCAGUGCUGUUCAUCCCCAAUGUGCACUUCUCCAGCCUGCAACGCCCUGGAGUGGUUCUACCUUCAGCAGGACACAGCAGCUCCAACAGGCUGCCUCUGAAGCGUACCUGCUCACCCUUUGCUGAGGAAUUUGAGCCUCUACCCUCAAAACAGGCCAAGGAAGACAAUCUCCAGAGAGUCCUGUUGUACGUGCGGAGGGAGACUGAGGAGGUGUUUGAUGCCCUUAUGUUGAAGACCCCGGACCUGAAAGGACUGAGGAAUGCGAUCUCUGAGAAGUAUGGGCUCCCUGAAGAGAACAUAUGUAAAGUCUACAAGAAAUGCAAGCGGGGAAUCUUGGUCAACAUGGACAACAACAUCAUUCAGCAUUACAGCAACCAUGUCGCCUUCCUGCUGGAUGUGGGUGAGCUUGACGGCAAGAUUCAGAUCAUCCUUAAGGAACUGUAGGACCUGAGUCUACAUACAUCCUUAUCCCCCGGGAUGGGCUCCAAGCAAGGAGCUAGCUGGGAAGUGGCCCCAUGCCACACACAACCUCUCCUCAUGCCUCAGUGCUGUUACUUGAAUGCCUUCCCUCAGGGAAGAGGCCCUUGAGUCACAAACCCACAGGUUUCAGGGACAAGAAGGGACCUGGAAGAUGUACCUAUUCGACCUGCAUCUCAUGCUUGAAUCUACUCUGAACUUUGUGCCUACCAGCCAGAUAAUCACAUUGGCUAAUGUGCCUACAGACUGUUCCCUCGUCAAAAGACCCUUUUCUGAAGACUUGUCUUCCGUCAUCUGGAUUGUCAGAUGACUUGGUUCUUCAAUCAACUUCCAAUCAAGGAUUUCUUCCCUUUUGUUUGGUUAACCUGAAUACUUUGAUUUUCAGUGCAAAUACUUUUUAAAAGACUCUAAAAUGAAAAAUACUCUUUCUCACGGACUUCCUCAUUCCAAGGUGUAAAUAAUAUAGCUCACCUGCCAGAACAAAGCCACUUGCUAUUGUACACAUACAUUUCUUAUUUACAAUUUUCACUUAUGUUUUGUAUGUAUAUAUAUAUAUAUAAGUAUAUAGUGUAUAUAUAUAUGCAACAUUUUAUUUUAUGUGACAUUUUAUUUUAUACUGCUCUUGUAUACAUUUUUAUCAUUUCAAAAAUGUGUAUUUCACAUUUCUUGGACUAUUAUUUUUUAGCUAUCAUUCAGUGUUGGAUCAUUUUGUAUACACAUGAAGUAUUUAGCAAUAAAUUUCUACCCAGGUA